AUGCCACUCUAUACCGCCUCUCAUAGUUUGCGCUCUAGAAAAACAAAGAAGGAUGGGAGAACAAGGACAUCCUCUACUUCAAAUCCUAAACAUGACCCUAUCGAGAACUAUAAGAAUUUCUCAUCACUAAAUGACGCCGGCUCAAAACAAGCUCUGAAACCGCAGGCGGAUUCUGAGUCCCCGAAGCCAGUACUGACUCAAGUAGUCGAUGUAUUCCAAUUUCUUGACAGCAGCAAUGAAUCGUCGUCUUCAGACUCGUCCGAGGACGAGCCAGUGCCUGCCAUUCAGGCGCAAGCGAUCGCUAAGAUCCAAGCACCAAAGCCACGAGCUAGUUCUGUAUCACAUGCGAUGUUGGCGGAAACGAAACCAUCUCAAAAAGCGACAAGACGCUCAUAUGGCGGGGUCGACUCGCGCCCGCCACCAGCUCCAGCACCUCCGCGAGAGGCAAAAUUGCACAUCGCUCACAAAGGCCCACCGAGACAAAAACCAUCUGCGCCAGAAGAUUAUGAUUCAUCGAGGCCGGAGUCACCUCCAGUCCCAUUCAAACGCCAAUUACAAGUCAAGGAAACCGCUCUCCAUAGGCAAUCACUUCCACCAUCUCCUCCCAGAAGCCCAGAAGACCGCUUUCAUCGCGGAGCAGUAACGAGAAGAAACCCCAGUGCGUCGCAGGUCUCCUCAGGCUAUGGCCUCGUCGCAUCUCAACUCACUCACUCAGCGGAUGAGGAAAAGGCCACAUUUCCACCCUUAUAUCGUCGCUUUGAGAGUAUGAACCACCGCGUCCUGCUGCAUCUCCAAGAUGAGAUCUCGCAGAUGGAGGAAGACCUUCAAGCACUAGACGAAUAUGAAGAGAUGCAUCGUGUAGCUGAAGCCGAGCAAGAAGGAAGAGAACUCCAGCCCGCUUCCCGUCGCAUGGACGCCCAAACCCAGGGAUAUUCAUCGCUGCAUUAUCGUCGCAUGGACCUGAUGGCAGCUUUGAUUCAAAAGACCGAACAAUAUAACACUGCGCUCAGUGCAUAUAGCAAGGUCCUCCAGACUCUUCCCCGCGCAUCGGAAGAUGACGUUCAAAACUACCGCUCCUGGAUGAAAAAAAAUAAUCCCAUCACUGCAGCCGAAACUCGCUUCCUGUAUCAGGAUACUGACCUCGUUUCUUUGGCACCUCGGCCGGCCGUGUCCGCGUCCGCUGCUGCUACUGCUACAUCACCAAUCUACAUAGCGAUAAUAAUCGCAUCCGGCGCCAUUUUACUACCGCUGCUCGCAUUCAGUAUGCUUGCCGAGUUCUCUGGCCGUCUGGUCGUCGUAACAGUCACUAGCGGUGCGGCUGCUGCUAUUGCUGCCAAUUACCCCACAGGGAUUGAGACACUCGUUGAUUCCAAGGAUGGUUGGAGGUGUGCUACUCUAUAUUUCGGCUUCAUGACUGUUGCUGCUAUGUUCAUUCCCUAG